AUGGAUUUCUCAAAAGAAUUUGAAGAGUAUAUCAAAUUAAACUAUGUAUCAAAAUUAUUAAUAGGAAAUACAGUCAAUACAAUGACAAAAGUUAAAAUUAUUACAUUGGAAGGAGAAGAGUUAGAUUUAGAAUGUGAUAUAUAUCAAGGAAUAAAAGUAUUGAAAUAUAACAAAGUUUUUGAAAACAUGGAACAAUUAUUAAAUUAAUAUUCUUAAUUGUAUUGCAAGAAGUUUGAAGAAGAUCUAUCUAAAAAGCUUAAUUAAUUAGUAAAUGAAUUAGAAUAAGAAGAAGAUGAUGAAGAGGAAAUAUGA